CUGUGUCAUAAAUUUAGAAAUCAAAACAUUAUUAUAAUGAAUAGUCCAUAUAACCUCAAAAAUAAUAUUUCAUAAAUUUAGAUAGUACUAACCAACCUACAUAUUAAACUUUUCAUAGACUUAUCUAGAUAAACUCACUGAAGAAGCAAUGAAGGAUAUUAACAUCUGCUGCACAAUUGACAGUAAAACUGGAGAACCAUGUAAAUGGGUUGGACAAAUCAGGCAUUUGGAGGUGCAUAUGGAUUUACAUCGUAAGGGAGCUCAAGAGGCAACUGCUCAGCUGAGCCCCGCUGUCUUUCCCAGUACUGCUCAAGGUGCUGUUCCUGGUCCCUCUACUUUGCCCUUAUUUGAUCAGCCAGACGGUGAAGAAUCGUGGAAGGAAGUAGCGCAGGGUUUGAUGGACAAGCAACGUAUGGACCACAAUGACAUUCAGGAGUUAAAGCAACAAUUUGAAGUGCUCUUACGAGCAUAUAACACUGAAAAACACAGACGUGAGCAACUAGAGAAUGUGGUGGCAUCUACAGCGGAAAAAUUUCAACUUUUGGAAAACAAGCAAAGUAUGGAUCGCACCAAUAUGGACCAGUUACAACAGCAGCUUGCAGCAUUUAGUGAUGCAGUGGUUACUGAGAAACGGGAACGUGAGCGAUUGCAGAAUGAAAUGAGGGUUAUAGAGGGUCAAGUUAAAGUUCUGCAAUCUAUGGGCCACCUUGAACAGCUGAAAGAGCAACUUGCGACCCUUUCUGAUGCACUUGCUACUGUGUCACGUCAAGGUGAGGAGUUGCUACAGGAAGUAAGAACUGCAGAGGGCAGAGUUGAAGAUCUAGAACGCCAGCAGCGUCAUGACCAAACUACCACCGAACAGUGUAAAAGACAGCUAGAAGUAUUUGCUGAAGAAUUUGCUGAGGAAAAAAGGAAAUACGAGCAAUUACAGGACAACGUUAAUACUGCAGAUGGCAAAAUUCAGGUUCUAGGACGAGAGUUGGAAACUCAAAAGAAUAUAUGUGCCAGUGCCGGAGCAGAAUGUGCUGGAGAGUUUGAGAGAGGAAUUGAAACUCUAGCUCUAGAAAGUGGAAUACUUCAAGAGUACAUUGGGCGACUUCAAAGUGGGUACCUUGAUAUGCAAAGAAGUCUUGGCGACCUGGAAGCACAGUUUAGGCGCUUUGAAGAUGAACGCCUGUAAGGUUUUGAUGGAAGUUUGUAAUGUGUAUCAGUAAUGAGCUCAGGAGUUAGAACAUUUUAGCUCAAAGUUGCAGACUUAAUCAUUAAUCUAGGAUCCAAGUGUACUUUGUUCUGAGGAGUGAAGUGUCGAAGGCAGUUUCGUGUUCUUCACGGUUCAAUUGUUCGUUCUUCGAAGUGAGUCGAUGCAAGACCUUUUUGUUAUUGAGAACUACAUGGUCCAGUCGAAGUCUGUUUGUUGUUGGUCGAAUUAACUGUUUCUAUACAUUUUCCCCACAUCAAGAACGUGUUAGCUGGGGAUAAGCUAGACUUACCCAAGUUUUUUUUUUUUGGAAUUCUCGUGACCGAGAGCUUUAUAAAAUUCUCUGUGGGUAAUUUAUUUCUUAUUUAUGAAAGCGCGAUCCGAGACUAGUACAUUUUGUGCAUGAAACGCGAGUCAAAGUGCUUUGAAACGUUGAGCUAUUGCGGGUAACGCACGUUAUACCAAAGCUGCGCUGAAUCGCUUAGAAACAAAAGCGUACUUUACUUAAUGUUCUGCCUGUAUGACUUUGCAACAAAUGAAAAGUGCCUGACACUGACAUCCUCAGACGUCUUCUACAUGUUCCCAAGAAAUUAUGCAUCCCGUUAUACUUUGAAUAAAGUUUUUUCAUUUCACCCUUUAAGCAAACCAGGGUGCGACGGGUUGAAGCGAAAGGUUGUGU